UAUUUAUAAAAAAUUACCCGAAAAAUAAACAAAAUAAAAGCCCGAUCUUUUUCUCUGCUCUUAUUCAUCUUUCCCCGCCAAAUUCACCCGAUUUCGAUCUAGAUUCACCUUCGAUUCUUUUUCAUAUCCUCAAAUUGAUUCCGAAGUCAACCGGAUCUCUGUGCCUUCUUUCGAUUGCUACCAAUUUCUUUCUAAAUUGACGCCUUGAUUCGGUUCUAGGGUUAGGGUUUCCAAAAUUUUGGGGCUUUUUGUUUUAUCAUUGAUUCAAUCCCGAUCGGUGGGUCUUUUAUCCUUAAUAGAUAGUUUUAGAUCUUAUUGUGACUCCCCUCCCCCUCGAUUGAUCCCGAUCUUUCUUUCUGUUGCUGGAGGCGGAUCUAGGGUUAGGGCUUCUGGAAUCUGUUUGAUUCUGGAUAUAUUUUUUCUUUUUGCAUAUUUUGUGUACUCCGUGUAUUGAAUUGGGUUUAAAUUUUUGAUUGAUUCUUUCUUAUUUUUUAUUGUUUCGACUUCCUACUUAUAAAAUUUGAAUUCUCUUGUCCAUCUUGUUUGGGUGUUUGAGAAUUGUAGUCAUUCAGGAUUCGUUCUUGUUUUAUUUUCUUCUCACUACCGGUAGUACUUCAUUGGAGGUGGCCCACAUUUUCCAUUGGAUAACUUUCUAGAGAAAUAAAAAAAUGGUAUUUAAGCUUAACAACCUGCCAUUGGAGCUGCCAUUGGAGCAUGAUGAUUCUCUCCAGUUUUCGUUCCAGCACAUGACGAACUUAGAUUGCCAUGAUCAAUUUGCAUCUUCACAUAGACAUAUUCCUGAUAAACAACCUUUUCCAGAUGGAGUUAGCAGUGGAGGCAACUUUAAGUUGGAAAUUUUGGAUGCUGUUAACUCCCACAGUAAUUCUGGGUUUACCACUGAGAAAACAUCCAGCUUGCCAGAGGUAAUGCGCAGUGACAAUGAAAUUGCUAGGCUGGAGAGCAGCAAACGACCUUUUAGUGAUGAUGAAAACCUCCAAGUUUCUGUAAAGCGCACAAGGCAACUGGAUGGAAAAUUUUCUUCCUUCAUUGGCACCUGUGAGGAGGAACCUCUUAUUGCCUCCCCCUCUGAUAAUGGGUUCAAGGAUCGAAAGGAUGCUGCUGGUCUUCAGAGUAGUAAUGGUUCUCAUGGCAGCAAUUUUAGUUUUCAAUGGUUCUCAUACAGCACGGAUGAUGAGUCUUGGCUGGAAUCACCUGUUCGGCUAUCCUUUUUUCCUGGAUAUUAUGAAGAUUACCACCGGCCUGUUCGAUUUAAUCGAGUAGAAGAAUCCAAGUCAUUUGUUUUCGACUACCCUCUGCGAAAACGUGUAGCUAUCGGAGAAGAUCAUCAAGCAAUUAUUCCUGUGUGGAAAUCCAAAAGCCUCCAUGAUUCCCAUAGAGAUGGUCCUGGUGCUUCAACAUCAGCUGGGCAUUUUUCAACUGAUGACAACCUUGGUGAUCAAUGGAGUGGUCACUGUGUUAUCCCAACGCCUGAUUCAACAUCACUGAGGUUGAAUGUUUCACUUGGACACGGCAAGAUUGACUGUUACUGCUUGGAUGAGGGCUCAAUUAGAUGUGUGAGACAGCAUGUGAUGGAAGCAAGAGAAGAACUUAGGAGUAUCCUAGGGCAUGAGCGAUUUGUAGAGCUGGGUUUAUGUGACAUGGGAGAAGAUGUAGCUUUGCGAUGGACCGAAGAGGAGGAACAACUGUUCCAUGAAGUUGUAGCAUGCAAUCCUACAUCGUUAGGCAAGAACUUCUGGGAUGAUCUUCCUCAAGUUUUCCCCUCUAGAAACAGCAAAGAGCUUGUUAGCUACUACUUCAAUGUCUUUAUGCUUCGGAAGAGAGCGGAACAGAACAGAUCUGAUCCAUUAAAUGUAGAUAGUGACAAUGACGAGUGGCAAGAGAGUAGCAAUGGUGAGUUUGGAGAAGGUGAAGAUGAUUCAGGGGUGGAGUCACUAGAAGAUGCUGCUGCGCAGGACAAUGUGGUUCAUGGUGAUGGCUUAGUAGAUAUCCAUGAGGAUGCAGAAGAAGAUUAUUGUGAACAUGAAGAAUAUGGAAUUUAUGAUGGAGUUGCCGGUGAUAAAUCAAGAUUUAGUCCUAAUAAUCAACGUAUGGGGUUGAAUUUACAUGAUUCUACUGGGGAAGACCACGAAGUGCACGAUGACUCUUGCACAUCCUAUGAGGCCCAACACAACAGUAACGACUCUUCUGGUGGUCGUGGAGAUGUUUCGGAGGGUGACCAUGGGGACCUCCAUCCUGAAUACAGGAGUGAAGGCGUGAGCGGUAUGACUGAUCAUGAUUUUGUAGUUGAUCAUUGUGAUCCGAGGCCAUGGGACAUUGGUUACUUCCAAGGAUUAGACAAGGGCCUUGACUUCUUGCCAACAUGUAGUGUGAUUGAAGAAGUAUUUGGCGAUGAAUCCUGGGAGAAGAGCAGGGAAGGCAAUGGUGUCAGCUAGAUUGUGCUGGGCUAUUGGAUUAUUAACUUAUCUGAGACUGGACUAUAUUGGUCUGUCUUUUGAUGAUACUACUUCCGGGAACUAUUCAAUUUUUCUUUGUACCACCAUGGUGGAAGAUUGGUAGUUUCCUGCUGGUGUUGUAAACUAGUUUCUGGUGAAAGGUCCCCUUAAGGAUUGAAACCACACGAGCUGUAUCAUCUUUUGCAACACUCUUUUUUCUUUUUCUUUUUUCAAACUUGGGGAUAUUUUUCCCUGGAGAAGGGGAUACCGUGUUAUAAACCUUAUAUGAUUCAAGUGUCAUUGUUUCAUUUAUGUACUUUUCUAUUAUAUUUAUCAAAAAAAAUCAUCCUGUGUAAUA